UUGGAUGGUAGCAGCUUGUACCUGGUUGGCAUGAUGGGCAGCGGGAAGAGCACGGUGGGAAAGAUGGUGGCGGCCGCUCUAGAGUACCCUUACGUGGACAGCGACAAGCUCAUAGAGGAGCGGGCCGGCUGUACAGUAGCGCAGAUCUUUGCCGCACAGGGGGAGCAGGCCUUCAGGGACCUCGAGAGCAGCGUGCUGCAGGAGCUGGCAGCCAGCAAGGCGGUGAUGGUGUCGACUGGCGGAGGGGUGGUCACCAGGGAGCAGAAUUGGGAGAGCAUGCGUCAUGGGUUAGUCAUCUGGCUGACUGGACCGCCGGAGCUGCUCGCCAAGCGCGCUGUCAGCGACGGCACUCAGUCGCGGCCGCUGCUCAGCCAAGGCUCUUCCGGAUCAAGUGAGGUGGACAUCCUGGACAAGAGGCAGCACAUGUACGCGCAGGCCGAUCUCCAUAUUCCCCUCGAGGGUUCCCCUGGAGACCCUAGCGAUUGCGGCGCGACCCCUGCAGUCAUCGCAUAUAGGUCAGCAUUUAUUCUUUCAUAG